AGUAAUUUAAUGACAUUCCAUCACUUUUCGUAUGCUUAUUGAAAUUUUAAUAAUUUCUAUUAAAAAUAAAUAUUUAGAUAAGAUUCGUAAUUCUAUUGGGUAUUACUUUAUUAAGCAUUUAUCUCGUAAUUUAAAAAUAAUAGAAUAGUACAAAAUUGGCAUAGGUGAAAAUUUAACCUAACUUCUUAAUCUUAUUUUAAUAGCAAGUCAAAAUGAGCGCUUGUAAUGUAGAAGUUAUAAAAUUAAUCGGAAAGUAUUUGAAUACCCCUGUGGGGCCCGUUUGCUAUAACACUGAUAGGGUAUUGACAACAGUAUUGGAUAAGCAAAACGUAGAUGGUUUUGCUAGUAUUGUGUUAAGAUUGGUAUCGAAAAAUGAAAAUAAAAUGUCACAAGAUAAAUUAUUAGCAAGUUAUCAAUGGCUAGAACACAUAGCCAUGUUUUCCAACCAAGCUAUAACUAAUCCUAUUUUUGCUAAGAAUUUUUUACAGGAUAUUAAUAAGGCCUUAGAAAAGAGCACAUAUCUAACUGGUGAUUUUUUAAAUAUAACAGAUAUUGCAGCUUACUAUGUAUUAUAUCCUUUGAUUGAACGUCUUACUAUUUCUGAACGUGAAUCAUUGCUUCAUCUGUGUAGGUGGUCAAAACAUAUACAAGCUCAACCCAAAGUGUGCGCGAGCAAGCCACCUCUACAUCUCAAUACUUUAACAUUGUCGGUACUAGCUCCUACUGUAGUACAUUAAUUUUAUUAUAUAUACUGACAUGUGAAAUAUUACUAUUGUAUUAAAAAUUUACUCAAACAAUA